AUCCGGCCCGGCAUCAGCCUCAGUGGCAGCCUCGCCUCAGUGAUGGCUUUUGUGUCAAACGUUAUUUGCGAUGAUUUGUCGCGGGCCGUGGCGCUUGGAACCGCGCUUUGGGACGCUUUACCUGACCGCUGUCAAGCGCCGCGCCGGGCGUCGUCCUUUCCGUUGGCCGCGGAGGCGGUCCUGGGUCCUGGGUCCUUGCCCGGGCCGCGCUCUGCAGGGGAGAGAGCGAAAGUGGCCGUCGCGAGGUUAUGGGCCGAGGCCGGGCCUCUGCUUCGGGGCGCAUCUGUCGCGAUGUCGUUCAGUUUUCGACUCGAGAGAGGGCUGGGGACAGAGGAUUUAGAAAAAAAUGGCGGAGAGCCAGCAUUUUUGUCUACGCUGGAACAACUACCAGAGUAGCAUCACAUCAGCCUUUGAAAACCUUCGAGAUGAUGAAGAUUUUGUGGAUGUGACAAUUGCUUGUGAUGGCAAAAGUCUGAAGGCCCACCGAGUAGUCCUAUCUGCAUGCAGUCCAUACUUCAGGGAACUGCUCAAGAGUACACCAUGUAAGCAUCCCGUGAUUGUGCUGCAAGAUGUGGCCUUUGCGGAUCUGGAUGCACUUGUGGAAUUCAUCUACCACGGCGAGGUGAAUGUACACCAGCGCAACCUCACCUCGUUUCUCAAGACAGCUGAAGUCCUAAGAGUUAGUGGACUCACUCAGCAAACUGAUGGGCGUGAGGAUAGUCCACUUUCGCAACUGGCAUCCAAUGGACGAGGCCUUGGAGGGGAACAGCUCUUCAACUUAUCUCCUGCAGGACGUUCACCACCCACUGCAACAUCACCUCUUCCCACACCACCACCUCCAACUAAUGGGAGUAACCCAGCCACAAGUCCUACUAGUGUGCCCUCCAGUGCAACUGUCAACCAGUUGUUGAGACGUGCAGUAGCUGUAGCAGAAGCCUCAAAGAGGUUACAACGCAAUAGCAUUCCAACACCUCCCUUGGGAACUGAUCAGAACGAUGUAGAUCACCCUAAUGCAAAACGCCCAAGAUCCAUUAACAAUAACAGUGAGAAUGGUCCCAUCACAAAUAGUCAUUUGGAUAGGGAAUGGGAACGAGAGCAGAGAGAUAGGGAAAGAGACAGGGAAUGGGACCGAGAUGACCGCCUUUGUGAGACUGAUAUCAACGCAAAUCCUGCUGAUUUGACAAACCACCAGAUGACUCCAACAGAUUUCUCUGCAAAAAACUCUUACAGGAAAAUUGAAGUGAAGAGAGAAGACCGCGAGCGAGACAGAGACAAUGAGCAGUCGAGAUCACCAUCAUCGCGCCUCAUGGAUAAGGUGAAGGUGGAGCCUACGGAUAUGUUGCCCGGCGCAACUGAAAACAGCUCGGAUUCCGUCGAGGCUUACCAUGAACGCCACCAUAGGGGACCCCCUUCAACGUCUUCAACGGGUGAACAUGAAGAUCUGGACAGCAGCGUGCAGAGCCACCACAAUCCUGCCUUCCUUUCUGACAGCAAGCUGUUUGCUGCAGCCAGUGGUUCCUUCAAUUUCAGCAUGGCUGCUCUUGCUGCUGAUUCAGCUUUGGCUGGCAUGAAUCUUCAAGCUAAUGCAGAUGGACUAGCAGGCACUUCAACCCAAGGUAUGAAUAAUUGGACAUAUGGCGUUCCUCCACCAAUGACGGGUGGUAUCAAUGAUCCUCAAGAGUGUCCAUUCUGCCGACGUACCUUCUCGUGCUACUACAGUCUCAAACGGCACUUCCAGGACAAACAUGAGCGGUCUGACACCUUGUACAAGUGUGAAUUUUGUCAAAGAAGUUACCGCACGAAAAACAGUCUUACGACGCACAAAUCAUUACAGCACCGUGGAAGUGCUGGUAUGUUAAAGCGUCUCAUGAAGAGUGUCGCUGUCCCUGGUGCUCUGGGACAACCUCAGCCACAACCAUAGAUGCUUCGUCAAACUACUUACCAAGAAAGAAAUUGACAACAGAAACAGUUUUGUUGUGUGAAUGAUGUGUGGUGGCUUGAUCAGCUAUCAGUCGCUACUUGUAUGAAGAUAUGAAGAAAUCUGUUGAAGAUUGGCAGAUUGUUUGGUGGAGACUUUUAUGUGUGCAGUUCUGAAAGAAUUUUGUUAGCUGGAACAUUUAAUGAACCUCUAAAUGUGAAUGUGUUGUUGAUGGGAACAAGAAUUCUGGGUUACUUAAGAAUAGCUGUGUUAACAUUGUUACGGGACGACAUAUUCUGUCCAGUUCAGUGUAUAGAUAAACAAACCUUCCAUUUUUAAUUAAUGUAUUUGAUAUUUUUUGAAUCAUGACACAGGCAGGCACUCUGCAGCCAGCACCAGCAGCAACUAUGAAAGAUCAUAUUACAAUUGUUACAGAUUUAUAUUGCCAUACUUCAACUUUCCAAAAUGAUGUAGCAUCACUUCACUUCACAAUUGAUACCGCUGAUAUCAUAGGAAAGUGGACGGUCUUCUUUUUCCUAACUGUGAUGUGUUGUUUUUACCAUAUCUAUUUUUUUUUGGAAUCGUUCAUAUCCGUCUAGAAGUGUAUGGUUUGGGUUUCAGUUAAAUAGAAUGUAACAGCGGUGCCUCAUAUUUAAGUUUGUUUUGUAAUAAACACAAGGGCACUGUGUGUACUUGUUAGCUCUCCUUGUAAUCUACUCACAUAUCAUUUCUCAAAAUUCAUCCAUCUCUGAAACCUUAUGGUACCUCUAUUUAACUGACAUUCUUGCCAGCAUUCAAACAGCAUGUGCAGUACAGUGAUGUCAAGCAUAUCAAUUUCAUUCACAUGCAAAGUUGAGUAUGCAAUACAAUAAGCCGGGUAUUUUUAUCAAUAGUUGUAACCAUAGUACGGGUCAAUAGUUUGUACUACAUAUUUUGCCGUUUUUUUCCUAUAGUGCAAUGGUUUUUCUACUUAUGCUGGAUUGUUGAUGGCUUGGAGGCUUGUUAGUCUCUGAUAAAUACCGCUGUUCUACCUCAUUGUCAUGGAACCAAGACAUGUGUUAGACACUCACAAUAGUUACUGUCUCUUAAAAUGUCAGUCUGUAGUUAAAAGUUAUAGCAUUUCUCUAUGUGUAAAGUUUAUCUUCCAUUGUCUAAUAAUCAUUCUAUUGUCAAUGUAUUAAUGUUACAUGUAAUGAUGUUUGGAACCUUAUUUUUGAUGUAGUGAGAGUGUCACAAAUUUGUUGCUCUCAUUUGAAUUCAUUUCUCCUCCUGCUUUAUUUUUCCCUAAUCAUUGGUGCAAACUGUCAAGGUGCUUUUGUGCUUUUUUUUGUGGUGGUUGCACUUUCCCCUACCACAUCUAAUUUUCAUAUCAAUCUCGAUGGUCCUGAAUUUAAAAUCAAACUGCUUUUAUUGUUGACAAUCGGUAUUUCUCUUCUUGACAUUUGUGCCAUUGAUUCAUUAACAUUUCAUUGUUAAGAGAUUUUCCUCAUCAUAUGAAAAACAAAAGUAAAAAAAUUAUUCUGAGUACAAAUUGUGAGAAUGUCUAUUUUUUAAUUGAUAGGCACAACCGGGUAUGUUAAGUGUUAUUAAAAUGCAUCUUCAUCCAAACUCUGUUGUAAAUUUUGUGGAAUGGAAUGUGCCAUUCCUGUUUGUGAAAAGUAAGAGAGAGAUUAACUGUCAGACAGUGUCUCUUUAGUGUAGAUUUGUUCAUUGUGCAUAUAGAGAUCUUUGGAAGCUUUGAGUAAGACAAUGUCACACAUAUGGAGGCAAUCACAAAAUUACCUAGAAGUUGUUAGUCUUUGUAUUAUAUUACUAUUAUUACUUCAAUUAUCGUGAUUAGAAUGACUAAAGCUACUUUUACUUAAUCACCAUCAUUGUUCAAAUUAAUUUAUGUAAGUUUGUUAUGGCACAAAUUACAUGCAACAUUUGUGAAUUGUUUAGAAACCUUAACCUGUUCUGAUUGAAUCGUUGCCAUUGGUUCUCCUUCAGGCAAAACUGUUGGCAAGGUGUUGUUACAUCUCUGAUAUAUCACGUCCUGAUUGUGCUAACCAUUUGGAAGAUGUAAAAGUUGUCUUUUCAUUAGCAACUGAAGAUCUGGUUGAGCAUGAGCAUGGUUGUGAUGAUUGUUCUUAUGUAAUGAUUUUCUUUCUUAAAAAAAAAAAGUUUGAUUGGCUCCACAUGUGAUGACGGUAAGUUAGUUGAAUGAAGGAACGAAAAUGCAGUGCUCUGUGAUUAUUGGAAGUAAUUCGUUUAAAAGAUGUGAUCAUUUCUUUACUCAUAUAAAAUUGAAUUAUCUUUAUUAUAAAUAUAUAUACUCAUAUACCUCUAUUUUUUUGUUGUUUGGAUUAAAAAGUGGGAUUUCUAUCUAAAAAAAUUGCUGUGCUAACUGCCAAAUUUCAUGUGAAGAUGCACCAUGUCCUAUAACAGAACAUGAAUCAAUUAGAUAAUUUACAUAUCCCUUCUCACAAAUCUGUGCCAAUGUAUUGUGACUGUAAAUAAUUUCAUUUAGUUGUUUUUCAUGUGUACAUAAUCAGUCACAUAACAUCAGUCAUAAUAUCAUUUACUACUGUAUAUAGAGUAUGCUGUUUGCUGAACAUUGUGAAUAUUCUGUACAUAUGUACAUAAAUGACAAACACAUUGGAUCAAGAAAAAUUGCACAUCAAAGUAUAUUUAAAAUGUUAUAUAUCUUCUAUAUCAUUUCAUAUCAAUAUGUAAAGAAUUUGCAUUGAUAUUUCAAGGAAAGGACUCGACAGGACAUCUUCCCUAGGUUUUAGGAAAUGCGCUUAGAUAUGUCAUCUGCACUUACAUUCUUCUUGAUUUUGCAUAUCAAGGCUAAACUUAUGAAGCCUUUCUGGAACUCUCUGCUAAAUGUUUUGGAGCCCAUGUGGCUCUGUUUUAGCCUUUCUCCUGUCAGCUCCCUGUGGUCUUUAGCCUUGUAUGCGUUUACUCUGAAAUUUUUGUGAUGAUGUUUGGUCCCACUUUAUUCUUGUUUGUAAGCCUGAUGUGAUUAAGUUUGUAUUAUCUGUGAAUCUACUAUCAUCUCCUCAGUUGUCAUUAUUACACUUAUUGCAUUGAAAUCAUAUGUUAAGUAUUUAACUUUUUUUUCUAGUGUUUUUGUUUGCUUUUUUUUUUGGUUGUAAUCAUAUUUUUACGGUCAAAGACAACCAGCCAAUUGAAACAAUCUUGCAGCAUUGUAAUGUACCAUUCAUUGAAAAGGGAGAGGUAAAAUUUGCAGAGUUCUUGCUCUUCAGGUACCAUCUAAAUGGUGCUUUUACGAUGCUUCAAAAUACCUUUUAUUGAGCAAAGACUGUUACUUUAAAACAAAAAAAAAGGAUACUAAUAAAAUUUAAAUAUGAUUGUUUAUUUGACUGAAAAGAACUGAUCACUCAUAAAUUAAUCGACUUAAUUUAGACAUCUAAUUAUUUAAUAUUAUUAGUGAUUAUGUACCAAAGAUGCAUGAUUAUUUAUAUUUGUGUUGAGCCCGUUAUGAUUGUGGAAUGGCUUUUUGGACUUGACCAUGUUCUCCCAUUUUUUUCUUCAUUUGUUUUAAUGCAAUUGUUUCAGUCUUGAAAAGACGUGUUGGCAUUAUGUUUUGCUAUUGUUUGUUGCAACUAAGUUGCAAUAAAGUUACUGCAGUUUUGUUAAGAUAUUUUCUUUUGUUUCUUGAGAUCAAGACUUUGAUGAUGAGUUAAGGCUGUUUUCUUUGUGUUAUUUUUUGGAAAACCAGGUUUAGGAGUGAACAGUUACCCUCUUUGAGCUGGGCCCCAAUUGCAAGCUUCAAAAUUAUUGGCAUGAGCGAGCUGCAUAAAGGAUCCAUCUAGUAACUACCUGUUAUCUCAUUACAUUGAGGGCUAACUUAUGUUUACAUCAAUCCUGCCAACCUUUCCUUUGAAUUAGCUUUUGUUUCGUUUGAGCUGUAGAUAUGGUUCAGUUGCUGUCUCAGGGGCUUUUUGUUCUUUUUACGUCUUGUUACAAUUCUUACUUUAUUCACCAUCCAAGAUUUCAACUAUGCAUUCCUCACAUAAGGCAGUUGGGGUUACAUGCACUUUAAGCUGCUUUUAUUAAGAAAGAGGUGAAAGGUUCACUUUUUUCUUUUGUUUGUUUGUUUAUUUGUUUAGAAAAAAAUUGUUGUUUUGUUUUGGAAUGGUUUGUUGCCACUAUUAAUGUUCAGAUUAGUUUCUCUCAUGUGGUCCAGACAAGUCAGGUUUUAACUAGAGUUGGGUAUUUUCAUUGAGCUGUAAAUCAUGCAGAAAUGUAAGUUAAUUUCUCUUACUCACCGCGCUCUUGAGAAGGUUUAGCGCACUGGCCUCCCACUCUGUACACACUGUGUAGGUGAUUGUAACUCUCUGUAAAUAUGUGUGUUUACAAUUUUAGAUCGCUUUGAUUUGUUGUGAAACAUGUCUCCUUCGAUCACUAAUUUCUAUGUGUGAGUACUUAGUGCUCCCAUCUUUCAAUCAUUACAUGGAUAACUUACAAGCAUUGUUGCCUUUGUGGCCUUAUCUGCGGCACAAAAGUCAAAAUGUGUUUUAAGUCUUUAGUGCUACAAAAUUUGUUCAAAAUAGCAUAAUUUUAUGGGUAAUUGUAGAUUCAGUAAUAAUUGGAUGAUAUAAUCAGUGACAAUGGUUGUGAUCAAUUUAUUCUUUUCCAGGUAUUCAGCUUUGAUAAUAAUGUACUUGUGCUAUGCAAACGGGUGACUUUGUUUGUUUUCAUUUACUUUCAUCCAGUUAUCACUCUCUAUAUAUAUUUAUGCUCAGGAAAAAAUAAACAACUCAGGGGCUUGUGUGUUAAUUCAGCUGUUUUUAUCAUUAUAAGAUUAUUUGUGUGUGUUAAAUCAGAGACACGGGUUUUAUCACGUCAGGCUGUUGUCAACAUUUAAGGACCUUCCAGCUUGUUUUUUGUGGAAGACACUGAUGAAUUUUUAGAAUACAAACCAUGUUAAUUGUUUAUUCCCCUCCUGUGUGUUGAAUCAUAGCUGUUGUGUUAUGGAACGGUGUUUAAAUGUUAGGAACAUUUACUUUAAGUAAUAGUGCUGAGUUGAGCUGGGCGAACCUGAAACUCCUAUGGCAUGAUUUUCUGUAUGUCAUCUUCAUCUGCGAGAACUGAACUCCCUGUUGCCUUAUUUAUUCUGUGUUUCUUCACCAUUUUCUCUCCUUCAGAGAGAAGCACAAAGUGGACCUAUUUUUUUAGUACCAAUUUUGCCAUAAUACCUACCAACCAUAGUACCUCAUAAAAAUGUUCAACGGACAUGUACCUCAAUGCAUCAUUAUAAUAGUACUGGUAUUUGUUGUUACAGACUGUAUUAAGGUUGAUUACCAUUUAAAUGGAUGAGUGAGUGCACUAAUAUUAGAUAAUUAGGUUUACAUAUUCAACAUCUUUUAUUGUCAUUUCUUUUUGUUAUUGGACACCAAUUUAAUUCUAUUUUAUAUAGUUUUUGUGUUUUUAUAUUCUGUCCAACCAUCAUCAGCUUGCAGUUAUAGAUUUCUCAAGCUACAAAUGUAGUUGCAUAGUUUUAGUUGUUUCCUUCAUUCUGAGAGUUCUUGUCUGAACAAAAGAGACAACUCUUUAAAGACGUUUUUUUUUUCAAAUAGUAAGCAAUUCAGGCAGAUUCACAAGCAUAUCAAAAAUGUUAGCACAUGAUAAAUGUUGUCCUGUCUGAGUGUGAAAUAUAAUAUGAAAGAUUUCA